CAUACAUAGAGAUGAUGAAGAACAACUUCUUGUUUUUUCAAUCAUCAACUAAUGAUGAAAACAAGACCCCUUCACCACCAUUAAAGUCCAAGGAAGUUUCUUAUUGGAGAAGUGUUUCAUUGUCAUCUGGAUCCUUCUAUGACAGUGGGUCAGGAAAAAAGAAUUUCACGGAUUUGAGCAAAUCUCCCUAUGGUCACAGUAAGAAAGUUCAUCCUAAGAAAUCUGGACGUGAUUCAAGCCGACCUUAGCGUUCCAGUGUUGAUUCAGACUAUUAGAAGAUUGACAAAGGAGAAGGUACAAAUGGCUUCUGAAGUUUCAAGCAUGCUACGAAAUCAAGUUGCUGAAAGGGCUUCUGCUAAGGAAAAAGCUAUCAUAUUACAGCCAGAACUAGAUUCACGGACACGAAGAUUGGAGACAGAAAAGAAUGAGUUACAAUCAGUACUAGAAAAGGAGUUGGAUAGAAGAUCCAGUGAUUGGUCUCUAAAACUUAAGAAAUACCAAAUUGAACAACAUAGACUCCGUGAAAGGGAGAGGGAGCUUGCAGAGCAAAAUGUUUCUCUACAAAGGGAAGUCUCUUCAUUUAAUGAGAAGGAAGUAGAUAAUAGAAUCAAGAUGUCAUUUUCGGAGAAACCCCUUGAAGAUUUGUCUAAGAGAAUGGAGCAAGUGUCAGAGGAGAAUCAAAAUCUAAGGCAGCAGUUCACUCAGUUACAAGCGGAAUAUCGAGUAGCUCAAGAAAAUAGAGAUUAUGUUCGGGAAAACUACUAGGAAAAGGUUAAAGAGCUUAAAUCGGAGACUUUACUGACAUCUGUGCUAAGGGAGAAGCUCUAUUCCGAGAAGAUAGACAUAAAGCAACUUCAGGCUGAUCUAGCUGCAACAGUUAGAGGUAACGACAUUCUCAAAUGUGAAGUGCAAAAUGCGUUGGAUGCUCUUUCUUAUGCCACACCCAUGUUGAAAUAUCUCGAGCUUCAGGUGCUAAAAAAGGACAAAAAUAUCAACUAGCUCACUAAUGAUUUGCAAGAAUGCAUGAAGGAACUUGGCGUUGUGAAGGCGAUACUACCAAAAGUAUUACAG